AUGCAAUACACUGUUUUAAGUCCAUCUGGUGCCGUAGCCAGAGACCAUCUGUCCAAUGAGCGCACUAUGCUUGCGUAUUUACGGACUUCGAUGAGCUUUCUAUCGCUUGGAGUCGGAGUGGUCCGACUUGCCAAGUACGCAAUCAUCAAUCCGUUAAAGCCUUUAAAUCUUGAAAAGUACCCAGAAAUGUUGCGCCACGACUACUACAUAGCCACAACAUAUGCAAAGCCUCUGGGAGCUCUGAGCUUGGCGGCUGCUCUUUUGACGCUUGCCUUUGGCAUGGCUCGAUACUGCAUUAUGUUCAAUCGGAUUGUCAACUCUGAGCGAUUCCAAAACGGUGCAAUACCAGCUUUUGCCAUUUCUCUCUUCGUUCUACCGAUUUUCUCCAUAGUGAUCAUAUUCGUUGCUAAAUUAUAG